ACUUGGUUUGCGUUCUUUUGCGUCUCUUUGUUUCACAUUAUUCAAUCGUGCGAAUAAUUUGAUUUCGAUUUCGUUUCCGUUUCGCAAAGAUUCCUUUCCCAGCCUCGGGGGAAGUACGAUGGACAUGGACGAGGAAUCCAUCGAAAGUAGCAGUGCUGGCACUGUGAGCAGUAUCGCCUCACUCCCCACAGAGGUGCUGAUAGCAAUCUUCCAGAACCUGCGAAUGCCCGAUUUGGCCUCGGUGCGGCAAACUUGCACGCACUGGUACGACAUAGUCAUCAACAAUCGGACGCUGAUGAACCGUUUUGUGCUCUCGCUUCGGAACUGUCGGAUACACGAGGGCUGCGAGCAGUGGUCGGUGUUGAUCAUCAGCCGAAGCAUUUUCGAGAAAGUGUGUCUCAAAUCGUGCACUAUCGGUCCGGCUACGGAAUUGUGGCGAGCAAUCGGUGGCAACGUCGUGGAGCUCACUCUCAACGACUGCACAAUGAAUGCGGAAACACUGUUCGACCUAUUGCGCUGCACCCGGAACAAUUUGCGAUCUCUUACGCUAAAAUCGACCAAAUUCGAUGACCACAGCAUCGGCCACGUACCGCUGGACUUCAGCAUGGAACGAUUAACGUCGCUUACGCUCCGGUCCACCUUCGUGUAUGACGAGUUCUUUCAUGCUUUCAAACAAAUCUGCCCCAUACUGAAAGCACUGAAGCUCACCUUUUCCUCCUUCGAGCACUGGGGUGAAAAGUUGGUAGAAUUUGUGUCCGCCCUACGCAGCACGCUCGAUGCCAUCACCCUCAGCUACACCAAGGCCGGAAGUGUUCUGUUGCAGCAGCUCGGGCGAAUCGACCACCUCCGUCUGCGGAAGGUAUCGCUAAAGUCGUGCUAUGAGCUAAAAGAGCGCGACAUUCUCGAACUGGCCCGCCUGCAGCCGUCCAUCGUUCACCUUAACCUGGACAACCUCUUUUCGGCUGACGAACAGUUUUUGCGCGCCCUCAGUGCCUUUCUGCCGCAAAUGAAACGCAUCAAGCUGCGCGUUGCACGUGUCUCCAAUCUGCACCAAGCUUUUCUCAUCAACCUGCCGCAGUUAAACUAUCUCAAGAUCACCGACACGACGCACCAGAAGGAUCUGUUUUCGAGGGAUCUGAGCGCGUACGAGAAUGGUUCACUCGAGAAGCUCUACGUGUCGGCUGCCACCUUCUCGCGCAACAUUCUGCCUCGAUUCUUUGAGCGCUGUCCAAACAUUCGCAGCCUGACGCUCUACCAGUGCACGUACGAGAAUAUUCACGAUCUGCAGCUCGCCUUUUCGCACCUGAAGGCGCUCGAGUAUUUGAAUCUCCAGCGAACGUUCGACAUCAGCGACAGUUUCUUUAACCGCGACGUGUUCGACACGGUGGUUAUGCCUUUCGAGCGGAUACGCUUCUACCCCAUCACGAAUCUGCGCAAGCUGUGUUACCUGAACCUUAGCCACUGUCGAGAUCUCUCCGAUCAAUCGCUGAUGUCGCUUAGCUUUUCGCUGCUUAAAAAGAUCGACCUGCGAGGGCUACAUAUCACAGAGGCAGGCAUUGCGUCACUAGUGCGCGAAUGUCCACUGCUUGAGUACGUACAUGUCGAUGCGUGCAAGCGUAUCUGCGAUACGGCGGUACUGUACCUGUGCCGCGAUCUGAAACAUCUGAAGCUGCUAAAUCUCGAGAGCUGCAAGGCAAUAACAGACCGGGCGAUUGCGCAUAUCUUGCAGCAUUGUCGGAGUCUGGUGUGGCUAAACAUGAUGAGCUGUCCGCAGUUGAGCGACGAAGCGAAGGCACAACUCAGCAGUAUCCGCACGAUACGGUCCCUCUACCUGUGAACUCAGCAGCACUGGCAUCGCUUUGCAAAAAGUACUCAACACCCAAUGAGGCUUUCCCGCAAAAGAAUGGAAAGAGGCUUCUUCGGUCCCAUUCCGGUUGCCAAACCUGGCAAGCGGGAACUUGCUUCGGGUCACCGAAAAGGGCGAGAUUGUUUGUUUUUAAAGCUCAUACGCUUGGCUGUUUUCAUGUUUGGCCAAACGGUGUUUACGGUUACCUUUCAGUGAUCGCUGGUGUUCGUAAUCGAACAUGACGGAUAAAAGAAUCGAAACGUGGUCUUGCGAGGAUCAGCGAAACACAUCAACCGUAACUAGAUGAAUUGAGAGAGUAAAAACAUCUAAGACAUAUAUUUUUUGUGAAUAAUGCAAUAGGUUCUCGUAGACGUGUUCAUGGAAGGUGUUUUUUCCU